UUUUUUUGAAUUUUCUCAUUCAUGCUUAAUUCGUCUCUAUGAAUGUUACAAGCCUUAUUAUUUAUUACCUUAUUGUUAGAAUCCUAGAAUCUCUAAUAGGAACCUCCAUCAUAGAAAUCUUUAGUGACGUCAUCGUGACUUCAAGUUCUGAGAUCUCGUCACCAAAGAUCUAUCCAGUUGGCUGAGAGGAUGGCGAAAACAAAACAGUCUUCGACUUGGUUGACCUCAUAUUUAUUUUCUAUAUUUAUUUUCUGUCGUCAAUAACCAUACUUUUAACAUUUAGUAGUUUUUAUCUCUUUGAUGUGUAUCCUUUCGUUUCAUAAACAUGGAUUCAAUGUGAAAAGUCGACUUACACCCGAGGAGAAAAAAAAAAAAAAACGGAGCUGGGGUAUUUAUCACGCGGUCCGGGGAAAAGGAGAGAUCUCAUUUUGAUCCCUUGUCCGUUAGAGAUAGCCGAUGGCAUGGGCUCGAACCUUAUUGUGCCACUUCUUCUCACUAGGUUACCGUCCUGUCCAUCCAAGAGGUCGAUUUUCAAGAAAACAGAGAUGCCUGAACACCAGCAAAACCCUAAUUUUAUUGGACAAAAGUCUACUGAAUUCUCAGGAUGUCUUCACCCUAAACCGGAUCCUUAUUUCUUCUCCACGUCGACGAGGUCCACACCGAGGGCUUGUCUUUGGGGGGGGCACAAGUUGGAGAAAAGAUGGGGGAAUGGUCCCGCUUCUUCGGUCGCUUCUUUUGCGCAAUUUCACAAACGGCAUCAUUGCCCGAACCGACAAUAGGAAAAGUUCCUCUCGCACUAAUCUCGAUAGGGCUUACGGCUUUUCAAAGAGGUUGUUGACCCUGCUAUGGUCUCCUCUUAAAAUCGUAAGAUAUCAAAAAGCUGAGGGGCUGGCGUUUGAAUUUGACGAAUCUCUACCUCAUGACUGUCGACUGUUAAAAAAAAAAAAAAAAAAAAAAAAAGGAGAGACAGGGAGAGAGAGAUGAGAGACGAAAUACAAGUAAAAUUCUUCCUUCUCUCCAUCCAUUGAAG